AUGCCCAUGUCGACUGCGACACGGACCUACACGAGUGUUAUCACGCUGAACAUCGACACCGUCACGGGCGUCGUCAUACCGAGCGUGGGGGAGGUCACCAUCACAUACUACAGGACCAUCUUCCCACCCAAUGAAUUGCCCGUGACCAAACCGCCGGACCCUGUGAAGGUGACUGGGGUGGAGGUUAUUGAGGGCACGGCCGUGGAUAUUGUGCAGACACAAGGGCCUGUGGUUGUAGUCGUCGCCCCGUCGAACAAGGUUGAAACCCAAGUCGUUGGCCCACAGGUCAGCACGGGGAUGGCACGAGUGGGAGGGUCGGUGGUGACGAAUGUUGUGAUUAUCACCCCUACGCCGGGGCGGCCGGCCCAGGUGGUCACCACAGUUGGCGGAACACCGGUAACAGUGGUUAACAACCCGGACCCGGUGACUGUAGUGAGGGAGGUUGAUGGUCUCCAGCGCACCAUCGUCGAGACCCCGCCUCCUCAGACCAUUGUCAGCAUUCAAGGGGGUGUCGCUACCACGAUCAUGGGGGGACAACCUGUCACCAACACCAUCGUCGGAAACGUUGGGGGCACGCCGGUCACCCGGGUCUUUGUUACAACACCCGCUGGGCCGCCUUUCCAACCAGUCUCAUACACGGUCGUCAAAGACGCCGGAGGAAUCUUGGUGACGGAAAUCAUUGUCACCACACCUACCGCCGCCGGGCAACCACUUACGCUUACGGCUGUUGAUAUCGUCGGAGGAAGACCGGGUUACGCAAGUUGUGGUGACGACUGUCAAUGGGGCUGGUGGCCCGGCCGGUUUUCUUUUACCAUCACAACCAAUGUGGGCGGUACUCCGACGGUUAUCACCAUUACACCGCCUCCGACAACGACCGUGGAAACCAAUAACGGCACUCCGGUCACACGGGUGUUCACUCCACCGGUAACCAGCUUCACAACCACCAUCGGUGGCAGCUUAACGACUCAGGUCAUUUCUGAGAGAGAGGAAAAGAUCCCAAGCACUUCACUGUAUGUGUGGAAACUACGAGUAUGCCUUUCUCUUUUUCAUUCUCACAAUCACCAUACAACCCCGGUAGCUGGAUAA